CAGGAUUGCACUCACCGUCGCCGCGUCCGAGAUUCCAACUUACCUUGGGGAAAAAGCGAGGCAUUACCCGCCGUCGCUCUCAUCGCGAGCAUAACCAGCUUGAAGCACCCGCACUGAUCUGUCGCUUUCGGCGUCUGAUCGAGCCGCAACCUUUGAUCGCGCUGCUCAGUGGCCUCUCUCAAGCAACAUCUCCUCAUUCGAGUUGAGCACCCGAAAACAAGCGUUUUUGCCUCCUUUCCUUUCUUUCCAUUCUUCUAGUUCAACUAGAAUUCCCAAACACAACCGCUUGCCAAGUGGCAAACAGCCUUUCAGCGAUGAGCAGCAGGUACUGUGGCAGGCCCCCCAGGGAUGUGCUUACAUCGAUGAUACGGUUGGCAUUGCUGGCAUCGUAUCCGCAUACUCUGGUGCCACUGGAUGGGGACGGGCACCACAACCUCGAGAGUUGGGACACCACGAUCCGACACUUUCUAAGGAUGGAGAAUCUUCAUGUGUUCCUCGAUACCGACAUCCCCGAGCCGGACAGGAACAACCGGCGACUUUGGGAGACCUGGAGCACCGGCCGAGCUGUGGCCAAGUACGCUCUUUGCGAGACUCUCUCGAAACCCCAUAUUCGUGAAAGACUUCGUAGGCACGGUUGGGACUCGGAGAAUAAGAACCCAAAGUACCAUUACGACCUCGUCUGGUCACUCUGGGGACAUCUCAUUCCUGCCUAA